AUGGGCACGGGGGAUUUCAUCUGCAUCUCCAUGACUGGAGGGGCGCCUUGGGGGUUCCGGCUGCAGGGCGGCAAGGAGCAGAAGCAGCCUCUACAAGUGGCGAAGAUUCGAAGCCAGAGCAAAGCCUCUGGGGCCGGGCUGUGUGAGGGGGAUGAGGUGGUGUCCAUCAAUGGCAGUGCUUGUGCAGACCUGACCUACCCCGAGGUCAUCCAGCUCAUGGAGAGCAUUACGGACUCCCUACAGAUGCUCGUCAAAAGACCAACCAGUGGAGCAAGUGAGGCUUUGGUCUCUAAGCCCGAGAACAAAGCCCUUGAGCAUCUCACACUCGAGGGGCACGUGGAAAGUACCUCCCUGCAGAUUCCUCCGGCCACCUGGCCCCAGCGCAGAGAGCAGAAUGGAGCUCCGGCAGCAGCAGACGGAGGGGCUGUUGCCCGCGGGCGCACGGUGGAGCUGCGGCUGAGCCUCCGCCCCUCGCAAGAGCCACCCUCCCUGCCCCCCACCACGGGCAUCGGGGGAGGUCAGCAGCCCCAGGCUCAGUCCCCCGGCCCCUCCCAGGUCCCCUCCGGGAGUCCCUUCCCAGAUCCCAUUCCCACCCGGGGGGCCGAGCCGUGGCCUCAGACCCCGCCCCCCGGCCCCUCCCCUGUCCCGGCUCCCGCCCCCUCGCCCACCCCGGGGGACGGGCAGUGGCCGCAGACCCCGCCCCCAGGGCUCCAAGCCGCGCGCCUGGACCGUGCCGCCCCGCAGCCCGCAGACGCUCCGCGCCCGGGACCCGACCGCAGCCGCCCGCACCGGCACCGCGCGCGGCACGCGCGGCUCAGGAGGAGUGAGAGCCUGUCAGAAAAACAGGUGAAAGAAGCCAAGUCCAAAUGCAAGAGUAUCGCUCUGCUGCUCACGGACGCCCCCAACCCCAGCUCCAAAGGGGUGCUGAUGUUUAAGAAGCGCCGGCGCAGGGCCAGAAAGUACACCUUGGUCAGCUACGGUACUGGGGAGCUCGAGAGGGAGGCAGGCGACGAGGAGGAGGAGGAGGAGGAGGAGGAGGAGGAGGGCUUUAGGGAGCACACGUGCGAGCUUGCGUUCCUCCACACCAGUGAGUCGGAGGCGGACGAGGACUUGCUGUCUGACCCUGACCACAGCGGGCAGGCUGUGAGCUUCGACUGGGACUCUGGACUGGUGGACAUUGAGAGGAAGCUGGGUAGAGGGCAUAAAAUGGAGAUGUUGCCAGACACCACGGGCAAGGGAGCCCUUAUGUUUGCCAAGAGGAGGGAGAGAAUGGAUCAGAUCACAGCCCAGAAAGAAGAGGAGAGAGCCGGUGAGCUGGCAGGGAGAGAAGCCGAGGCUGCCCUUGCAGACGGCCUAAGAACCAUGGCCUCCUACCAGAGCACAGAGGGGCAGUCUGUGAGGGUUCAGAGCUCAGUGAGCAGGAGCUACAUCCAGCUGGGCCCGAGUCCCGGCCACGCGCCCCAGCAGAACGGCCUUAGUGGGGGCUCUGUGGCAGCAGAGGCCCAGAGGAUGAUCCCAAUGAACAGAACCGCCAAGCCCUUCCCCGGGUCUGCGAACCCACCAGCAGCCCCCUUCUCCCCCACCCGGAGCAUGACAAGUCCCAUCUCUGACUUCCCGGCACCUCCACCUUACUCUGCGGUCACUCCUCCACCGGACACUUUCUCCAGAGGGGUGUCAAGUCCUGUGGCUGGCCUGGCACAGCCCCCUCCCUGGCCUCAGCCUGCCCCGUGGACCCAGCCGGCCUUUUACGAUUCCUCUGAGCGAAUAGCUUCCCGGGAUGAGAGGAUCGCAGUGCCGGCAAAGAGAACAGGGAUACUGCAGGAAGCCAAGAGGAGAAGCGCCACGAAGCCCAUGUUCACCUUCAAGGAGCCCAAAGUAAACCCGAACCCCGAGCUCUUGUCCCUGCUUCAGAAUGCCGAGGGCAAACGGGGCACCGGAGCUGGCGGUGACUCGGGGCCCGAGGAGGACUACCUCAGCCUGGGAGCAGAGGCCUGCAAUUUCAUGCAGAGCCCCUCUGCCAAACAGAAGACCCCCCCUCCUGUCGCCCCCAAGCCUGCGGUCAAGUCUUCCUCCCAGCCCGUCACUCCAGUUUCUCCAGUGUGGGCUCCGGGGGUGGCUCCCACCCUCCCUCCUGCCUUCCCCACGUCCAGCCCACCACAGGGCACUGUGGUCUCCUCCAUCAAGGUAGCCCAGCCCUCCUAUGCUCCUGCCCGGCCCACGAGUGCGCUGAACCUGGCCGGUCCCUUUAAAGGACCACCGGCAGCAGUGGCCAGUCAGAACUACACCCCGAAGCCAGCAGCACCCGCGCCCCGGGGAGGUGCUGCUCAUUCUGCUGCGGCAGGACCACCCACCGAGCUGCCCGGAAUGAGUGGGAAGGGGGCCCAGCUCUUCGCCAAAAGGCAGUCGAGAAUGGAGAAGUACGUGGUGGAUUCUGACACCGUGCAGGCCCACGCCACCCGGGCACAGUCCCCCACGCCGUCCCUCCCAGCCAGCUGGAAGUACUCCUCCAAUGUCCGCGCACCGCCUCCUGUGGCCUACAAUCCCAUCCACUCCCCCUCCUACCCGCUGGCUGCUCUCAAGUCUCAGCCAUCGGCCCCACAGGCUUCCAGAGUGGGCAAGAAGAAGGGCAAGAAGCCCCUCAAUGCUCUGGACGUCAUGAAGCACCAGCCGUAUCAGCUCAACGCAUCCUUGUUCACCUUCCAGCCUCCAGGUGCCAAGGAUGGCCUCCCCCAGAAGCCGCCCAUCAAAGCCAGCCCAGCCCCGGCUGUGAACCAAGCUCCACCUCCCGGGUCGGUCACCAUGGGCUCACCCAGGGCCGCGCAGGCUCCCUCCGUGUGCUCCCUGCCAGCCUACGGCUCCCAGCCCUGUCACUUUGCAGAGCCCACCUCGCCAGCCAGCGCGUCCCCAGUGCCUGUGAGCGUCCCCGCCCCUCCCAGGCAGGAGUCAGCCUCCUCGUCUUAUCUUGUGGCACCAAGGCCCAAGUUCUCUGCCAAGAAAAGCGGAGUUGCUGUGCAGGCCAGUGGGCGCGCCCUUUCUCUCCCGGGAAGACCGGCCCCACCUGCCCUGUCCACAGCACCUCCUUGGCCACAGCAGUCUGCCUUCAGUUACCCUUGCAAGCCACCCAACGGGCUGCAGAGAGCAGGCAGGAGACCAACACCUUGGGAGGCCGCGGCCCAGUCUCCUCUGGGGCUAGUCGAUGAUGCCUUCGGGCCCAGGAACAUCCAGGAGUCCGUGGUGGCCCACGUGGUCUCAGCAGCCAGGAGGAAGGUGCUUCCUGGGUCCCCAGGGGGCUGGAGAGAGAGGCUGCCGCACACCCAGCCAGCUCACAUGGUUGCGUCUGGGAGACAGGAGCACCCGGUUGCCGCCCUCGCCAGUAGCAGCAUGUCCACCAGCUCCUGGUAUGGCCCUCAGUCGCCAUAUGCAUGUCGUGGGCAGGCAUCCAGGGAUGACUUCGAGAUACAGUCCCUGGAGACCAGGUCUGACUACUGCCUACCAGCAGCCGGCUGCAACUACAACCCGCAGCCGCGGGCAUGGAGACGGCAGUGGAAGUAG